AACAAACGAAGAUUAUAAUAAAGUUUGAUUCAUCUCUGAUCAUGGAUGGUUUACCCGGAAAUUAUCACGUAGAUUCAUCUUCAACCAUGAAAAGUUUACCUUUGCAUCUCCUCGACGACAUUCUCUUCAGAUUGGAACCCAAAUCUAUUGCGAUGAUGCGAUGCACUGAUAGAUAUUUCAAGUCGCAUAUUUCCGAUGAUCCGAUGUUUGAAAUCGGAUACUUUUCUCGGGCCAUACCUAAUUUGCUUCAUAUUUACGGCAUAUACAUCACUUAUGUCUACUUCCAGCCUUUGGUCUCUCCAUGGGAUACCAUGUCAGAGGGAACUUUUAGGUAUGAAUCAAUGUAUGGACACCAUUGUUCCCUUUUCGGCUCAUCAUCCGGCCUUCUCCUACUAUACAUCAAUGGCCUCUUCGUCGCAAAUCCCCUCACAAAGAGGUUUCGGUUCUUGGAUCACUCUGGAUCAAUACUUUUGCCUAGAAUAGUGGGUGGUGCCAGUUUCAUGGAUCGUAAUGAUCGUAGAGCGAUGUGCGUCGGUUUCGUGGUAAAUCCAACAACUAAGAGGUUCAAGAUUGCCUGCAUACUUGAGAUGCAGAAGAGGUGUGGAUUCGAAAUCAGCGAUGGAGAUUCAUGGAGAUUAUCAAAAACGACCAUCAAUGAUGACUCAAAAAGUGAUCUCACAACAUGGAUGAAACCUGUUUACUUGCAUGGCACUCUACAUUGGUUUAGAAAUGACGGGAGCAUCAUGGCUUUCAAUCCCGAGACAGAGCAAGGACGCUUCAUUCCUUCAACUUUCCAUCGGGAAAAAUAUACGAAACUGUUAUUUGCGGCAGACGGUAAGACCAAUCGCCUAACCUUAAUAUCAGGGACAAAAGAAACAAUCUCAUUUUACACACUCCUCGGGAAGCCUAAAUGGACCCUUGCCAGGCGGAUCAAGAACGUAUCUAUGGAAGACAAUAGGGUUUCAAACUGGAAACUGGUUACAUACGACGGCACGCGUCUUGUAGUGAGGGUGUAUAUGAAAUAUGCUAUCGGAGCUUUGGUUCAUGUGUACGACAUGGAAGCUGACAGUUGGAGAGUUUUAGGGUCGGCCACAAAAUGGGAAUCCGACAGCGUCUGGAAUUCCUAUAUGUUUACGCCCUCCUUCUUCUCUGUCGAGGAGGACGCGCAUAAUUAUAAGGCGAUUGUAGCGUCUAAAGAAGAUGACCCACGCAUCUAUUAUCUAAGAGCAGUUAUGGGAAUCAAGUAAACUAUUUCAUGUUUCACUUAUUUUGGGUCAAUAAAAUAUUAAUACAUAAAGUUUCCUUGAUAUAUAAGAGAAUGUUUGUUUCUCAUAUGCUUUUUUCUAAUGGUUUCAUUUAUUUUGGGUAAA